GUUAAAUAAAAAUUAUAAUAAUUAUUCAAUAAUAAUAAAAAACUACAAAACUGUUUAAUUAUCUUUAAAAAGGAAAGAGGAAAGAGAUACUGGUUCUUGAGGGAAGCGGAGGAGGCGAGUCUUUAUUGUUAUUAUUGAGCGAGAGAAAGCAAAGGUGAGACGGGAACAACAGCGCCACCAUGGGGAGAAGAUCGACAUCAUCUACCAAGAGCGGGAAAUUCAUGAACCCGACCGACCAGGCCAGAAAGGAGGCCCGCAAGAGAGAGCUGAAAAAGACCCUGUUGAUGGUUCGAGCCGCUGUGCUGAAGAUGAAGGAUCCCAAACAGAUCAUUAAAGACAUGGAGAAACUGGACGAGAUGGAGUUUAACCCAGUCCAGGUCCAGCAGUCGCAGCAGCAGCUCAAUGAGAAGGUGUUGAAGGAGAAGCGAAAGAAGCUGCGGGAGACGUUUGAGAGGAUCGUGUGUCUCUACGAGAAGGAGAACCCCGAGACCUACCAGGAGCUGAGAGGCAUCGAGAGAGAGUACGAGGGGAGGAGAGGACAGCUGAGCAGAUACUUUGACUCUGUGAAGAAUGCAGAGCUGGUUGAAGUGGGCAGCAUCCCUCUCCCUGACCUGCCCCACGCUCCCUCUAGCAUCCUGAUUCAGGACAUCCCACUGCCUGGGGCCCAGCCCACCUCCAUCCUGAAAAAGGGUUCAGCGUACAGGUCUGUUUCCUCGGCCCCCAAUGGACUGGUUUGGGAGGGGGGACCCGCCUCUUCCUGGGAAGCCCCCAGGGGGACCCCUGGGGCCCCGGGGAGUCAUCGAGUAAAGUCUCCCCUCCUCUCUCCACAGCCCCUGGCUCGGAGCUCCUCCGCUCAGACCAUGCCUCCGACAGCGAUGAUGGGAUGGACCUGCAGAGAGUGGACCGGGACAGAGACAGCGCGGGGGACAGCGAGACAGACUCGUCCUCCGCCUCCUCCGGUUCCUCCUCGGAGGGAGAGGAGGAGGGGGGCGGGGGGGAGGAGGAGAGGAGAGAGGGAGAGGGAGAGGGAGAGAGGGAUGAUGGGAGGAGAGGUGGACAGCAUGUUGGGGACCGGCAGCAGCAACACGGAGAGGAAUACUGCUCGGGUGGUGCGGUUUGCAGACUCCCAGGAGAAACCCAAACAGAGUCCGAGAACCAAGAGCAAGAAAAACAAAAAGACCAAAGACAUCACGCCACUGCAAGCAAUGAUGCUGAGAAUGGCAGGGCAAUCCAUCCCAGACGAAGAGGAAGGGGAGGAGCCAGAGUACACCGACGAAUCAGAGUCCUCGGAUUCCGACGAGAGGCCUGCCCCCGACCAGCAGAAGCUCCUCCUCCCCCAGGCCCCUCCCACCAUGCCCCAGCCCCGCCCACCUCCCCUUGCUCCGCCUGUCGGCUCCUCCCAGCAGCUCCCCGCCCCUCUCUCCCACCUGCAGGCUCCUCCCAUGCCUGGCCCGCCCCCUCUGGGGCUGGCCCCGCCGAUGAGACCCCCGGGCCCGCCCUCGGGGCCGCCCCCGGGCCCACCCCCUGGCGCCCCUCCUUUUUUGAGACCCCCCGGAAUGCCUGGCAUGAGGGGCCCGUUGCCGCGGUUACUGCCCCCUGGACCGCGGGGCAGACCCCCCGGGGGGCCGGGAGGGGGCCUGCCUCGGGGCCCCCCCCCCCCUCGGGACCUCCUGGAGGGGGACUCUCCCCCCACAGGCAUGCCUCCGCCCCGCCCCUCGAUGAUGCGUCCCAUGGCCCCGCCCCUCGGCCCCGCCCCUCCGGGCAUGUUCCCGCCCCCUGUGAACCCCUCCAACCUCCCUCUCAACCCCGGGAUCCUGAGCGCCCCCCCGAGCCUCAUUCAGCGCCCUAAACCGGACGAGGACGGGCGCGGGGGCGGGGCUACCAUCGAGAAACGCGCCACGGCCGCCGCGGGCGCCACCACCAUCAGCGCCAAGCCCCAGAUCACCAACCCCAAGGCAGAGGCGACCCGCUUCGUCCCGACCGCCCUCCGAGUGAGGAGGGAGAGACAGGCGGGGCAGGGAGCCAAGAGAGGGGACGAGAAGGAGAGGCGGGCUGGGGCAGCGGGGGGGCAGCUUCAUCAGCGGGGCGCCCCCUCCCCUGCGCUGCAGCAGCACGGGGUGAAGGGUCACGCGGGGGUCUCGGCCAGUACAGCGGUCACUUCGAUGAUGGCAAUGCAGACGAAGGAUGACGUGUAUGAUAAUUUCAUGAAGGAGAUGCAGAGCUUACUGUAGGGGGGGGGGGGAGGGCUGGGGAG